CCGCCGCCGGCUCCGCGCCGCCGCCAUGGCCGACGUGGAAGACGGCGAGGAGCCCUGCGCCCUGGCCUCUCACUCUGGGGGCGCAGGCUCCAAGUCGGGAGGCGACAAGAUGUUCUCUCUCAAGAAGUGGAACGCGGUGGCCAUGUGGAGCUGGGACGUGGAGUGCGAUACGUGCGCCAUCUGCAGGGUCCAGGUGAUGGAUGCCUGUCUUAGAUGUCAAGCUGAAAACAAACAAGAGGAUUGUGUUGUGGUCUGGGGAGAAUGUAAUCAUUCCUUUCACAACUGCUGCAUGUCCCUGUGGGUGAAACAGAACAAUCGCUGCCCUCUCUGCCAGCAGGACUGGGUGGUCCAAAGAAUCGGCAAAUGAGAGUGGCAGGCAGCUUUCUUAAUGCAGUUAUUUGGAGCCCUGGUGAAUCUUGUUAUCAAGUGCCCUACAAAGGCUAGAACACUCCAGGGGAUUAAUUCUUCAAAUAGGAGUCGAUGGAUCUGUGGUCCUUUGGGCCUCAUUAAAGGCAUGGUUUAGCAUUUUGCCAGUUUUAUUUUCAGAAAUUCUCUACAAUUAAGAAGAUAAUUUAUUAAAGAUGGUCUUUCCUACCUCUGUGGUGUGUGUGUCCCACACACUGCUUAGAAGUGCUAUAAAAAAGGAGAGGACUCCACAUUGAAUGACCUUGAUUAUCUACUUAUUGAUAUACAACAGGCAGUGGACACAGUCCCAUACAAAAAAGAACUUUUUGCAUGCUUAUGGGUGAUCAGAUAAAAAAGAAUGUGAUAGUAACAAAUAAAGUGCAGUUUAAAACCCAACUCUUAUCCUUAAUUUGUUCGUAAUAUUUAUUUUUGGCAGGGGGAAUGCAGUCCAUGAAAUCUUUAUUUGGUGUGAGAAUUUUUAAUUGGAACCAGUGAGCAGGGUAAAUAAAAUGUAAUGUUUGGGCAUAUGGAAUUCUGAUUAUCUUUUAAGUUAUCCUUCUUUACCGUUGACUCAUCAAGAAAACUAGAUCUGUCCUCACCUCACUCUUCAGUCAUUGGAUGUGAAGGGCAGAAGUAUUUUCUAGUUCUGGUAAGAUGAUGAUGUAAAUUUGAAUGAAGGGAAUGUGUUUGCCAGUGUAGCAUUGGAUCAGAAAGCUUAUUUUAUCACACAGUGUUUUAAUAAAUGGUCUAUUCUGUUUACCUUA